UGAGCAUCCCAUAUGCAACUAUGGAAGCCGUGUCAACGCCAGCGGAUGAGCGGGUCGUGUGUUCGUGUCCACCCCUAUCCCCUCAUCACCCUCUUCUCUCGGCUCUCGCUUCACUUCCUCCACUCCCCGCGACGCCGACGACGACGACCACGACGCCGGCGACGGCGACCUCCCGGCAGCUUAUAUUCCUCCCCCCGCUUGCUUGCUUCCUCCCCACCUCGCCUCCAUCCUAGGUGAGCCCAGCCACACGACCAGAGCUGUGCGAGGGCUAGCUUAAGCUAGCCUUCGCCUUCGGGGUCCUCCUCGCGGUCUCCGGCGAUCCCGCCCUCCGCCGCCGCCGCCAUGUCGGAGCACCUCGCGCUGCGGAGCUCCGUCGGGAGCCACAGCUCCGCGCUGCCGCCGUCCUACCACCACCACCGCCGCCUCCCGCCGCCGCAGCAGCAGCACCCCGACCCGCUCAACUCCGUCUGGAUCCGCCGCCUCCACCUCCUCCCCCACCAGCCGCCCCCUCCCCCGCCCCCGCCUCCGCUCCCGCAGCCGCAGCACCACCACGACGCCGUCUCCACCGACGAGUCCCGCACGCCGCCGCCGCCGCCUCCCCCGAUGGGCGCCCCCGGAUUCGGUCCCUUCCGCUGGAGCCCGCGCCCGCUGCGUGGCGCGCCGCUCGCCGCGUGGGACGCCGCCUCCCCCGUCCGCAGCGGCGGCGGCGGCGGCGGCGGAACUGGACCACCUAUGCUCUCGCCGUUCUUCCGCCUACCCGCGCCGUCGCCGUCGCCGCCGGUGACCGACUUCGGGGAGUUCUCGCCUACCAUGCCACUUUUCGAGGUUGGCAGCAGCAGCGGCAGCGGCGGGUUCCCGGGGCCGUCGUCGCGGAUGAUUCCCGGCGGCAGCUCAUCUCCUUUUGCAAUGGGAGUUGCAGCUGCUGCUUACCCUAGCCAUGCUGUGGACAUGGUUCCCAUAAGAACUCUUCAGGUGAGUUAUAUCAAGUUAGAUCAAAAGGAAGGUGUGCAAGAUCUAUAUGUGGUGAAUUGAAGAUGUUCAGUGCUUCAAGCGGAUAUCCAUGACCGACAGCAAAGUGUGAUACCAAGAAAUUUUGCUAUGCGUUCUCCUAGUUCUGGAAGCCAACAUGAUGGAUUCUCAUAUUGGAACAUGGGGAGGUUUCGGCGAAACACCACCACUUCCUUGGUCUCACCGACUGGUGUCACACCUAGCAGUUUUGGCAAGAAGAGGAACGCCGAUUCAAGCAAUUUCCUCCCUCUGAAGUUCAGGAAAAUGAGCGGGGCAACUUGACAGCCGGCCAAUGCAUCAUUGAGGGCAUAAAUUCUCUGCUCUCUGGAAUAGCAUGCAGUAACUCAAUUCACAACGUAAUACUAUAGCUUAAGGAGGCUGGAGCUGGCGGCAUUUUUGGGGCAACCUGUAAAUUGUAAAUUUGCCCCAUAUCCGUUGCAUGGUAUCCAAAUCCAACACACCGAUGUGUUUGGUCAUUGGUGCUGGGUGCCACUACUAACCUGCAUGUUUGUAGAAUCUGGUGGCACCAUAUAUAGCCGUAUAGAUAGGGAGAUGCAAUGUGCCACAUCUCUCACGAUGCUUGUAUACCUCGGAAAUAAAGCAUUGCGUGCACUUAUACAACAGUUUUGCCAUGAGAAAGGCUCUAUGUUGCUGAACAUUUUUUGUUUGCCCCUCUUGUAUUUAUGAUGUAAUCGACUUGAUUAAUACUCUCUCCGGUUCUGUAAUUCUUCUUGUUUUGGAUAAAGUUGUGGUUAAACUA